AUGCUGGACACUUUGUGGCAGCAGGUGCUGCCCAUUUUCACGGAGGAGUUCUGGGCAGAGCCACUGAGGGCCCCAAUGAUUAGCCGGAGCUGCCGCCACCUUGUGUGGGGUAUUUCUGUGAUAUGCAAUACCUUGGGGGUGGCAAAUUUGGCUGUGCAGGUGUUCGUUCACGCCUACUUUGCAGCUGCAGAGUUUGCAGUAACCAAACGGCUGUUCACGUUCCUGCGCUCAUACAUCACGCUUCUCCAGCUCUCACAGAUGUUCUUCGGCAUGUGCAUCAGUUCACAUGCCAUUUACCACCCGGAAGUCCAGCAAAGUGCCCUCGCUGUCUUCAAUGCUAAGCUGUGCUUGGCAAUGUACAUUUCGCAUGCAAUCCUUUUCCUACAGUUUUACCUUGAUGCCUUCUGCAAGGAGUACCGAAGCGGAGAGGCGACUUUUCUUACUUUUUUCCACGCCUUUGCUGUUAUUGGUCUCGUGAAGCUUGUGAUGCACGAGCAGUGCUGGCGGUUAUUUGCAGAUACAUUGUUGCUCUACCUUGUAGGGGGUCUGGGCAUUACGUGUGGGUCACAUCGUCUGUGGUCACAUCGCGCCUACAAGGCCAGCGCAGGUCUUCGUUGCUUUUUGAUGUUGUUGACGUCUCUGGCCAAUCAGGGAUCUAUCUUUCACUGGGCCAGGGAUCAUCGCGUGCACCACAAAAAUAGUGACAAGGAAGGCGACCCGUAUAAUGCGUCUCGGGGCUUCUUCUAUUCACACGUGGGAUGGUUGCUGCUUAAGAAGCCUCAAUCCGUAAAGGAUGCCGGGAGCUGCUUGCGAUGGUGCAUUUGCCUCCACGCCACGUGGACAGUGAACAGCACUGCCCACAUUUGGGGUGACAGGCGCUAUACAGUGGAAGGUAAUCCUUGCGAGAGCUGCUUCACGGCUCUAGUAGCCGUAGGCGAAGGCUGGCAUGACUGGCACCACAAGUAUCCCUACGACUAUGCAGCAUCGGAGGGAGGGAUUUUUGACCAGUACAAUCCCAGCAAGCUGUGGAGCCUAUUUUUCGACCUCUUGUUGCUAACUGGGGCAUAUCUUCUCACGUGGUGGUGUUACUCGGCUUGUACAUCACGGCUAAGUACAGCUCCCCAAGCGCUUGUGGAGGCUUCUCCAUACGUCCUGCUUCCACUGCUCCUUAUCGUUAGCAGCGCCGUUUUGGGCACACUGUUUUUCUCCAUGCUGAUGCACGCAUUCGUGGCGGCGAACGGCACAUUCAGUGCGAGUACAUUACUUUCUGACCUCGUGGGUGGUCUCAUAUGCGGCCUCCUCAUGAUCCCGUAUCAAAGAAAGCGAUUCAAUGUGCCUGGAGAAACUCCGGCACUGAGUUCCACGUCUCCCUGGCUGGUCUGCCUGUUUGGCGCCACUAUUCUUGACACUCUUCGUCGGCUUUACUUUGAUGGUGUCGUUGUGGAGGGGAAAUUUGUUGCUGACGACGUCAUGAACAACAACUGCAAGUACGAUUUCCUCUGUGUUGCUCCAUGCGCGCUGCGCUGGGUCAAGGCUUGCCUGGAUAAGAGGCACCGCAAAGACGAAUCGCAGCUGAUGCGGGCAAUACACGUUCUACACCAUCGCCCGCUAGAUCUCCAUUUGCUUCAGGCAGUUACUUUUGAAGUGCCUCUUCACCGGGUACCAGAGGCGGUGUGCUACUUGAACGAGCGUGUUGAAUCGAUGCCAGCUGAAGUGUUCAGCGCGUCGCUCUCCGAUGGAUUCGCAGUGGUGCACCCUGACUCUCGGCCCGAGUACUACAAUUCUCUCGGACAACCAGCCCAAGAGCGUCGUGCCGAGGAACCUGGAACGUCAACGAAUGGGGAAGUGGACAAGAAGGCUAAAGAUUUGGAUGAGGCGCCGUUUGGUGCAUCCUCUUCAACUUUGACGAAGCGCACCCGGGCUGUUGGCUCAUAG